AUGCCGAUAUACUGUAAGGAGAUACCCGAUGAUGAUUUCUUGGAAAGUAUCAACAACAAAUCUGAAAAUCCUUUAGAGUACCUGUUUCCCGAUGAUGAGAAAAUAAAAAUCGGUCCUGUUGAUGAAGUCGUGCGCUCUAUUCUCUCAUUUAGCUCCAAACUGGGCAAGGAAAAGACGAAUGAGAUUGAAAAUACGGAUUAUGACAAAAAUAAAACACUAAAGGAAAACAGCAAUAACAACGCAGAAAACAGGCUAGAGGAGAGCGGCAAUGUAGAGAACAGCGAAGAGGAGGACAUAAAUAAGAACUAUGACAAUGAAAACGUGAUUGAAAAUCUGAAAACUCAUGGAGAUGAUGCUUAUGGAACUAACUUAUUAGAUGUUCAGGAAUACUACAUAGGUUACAAAAAUAAGCUGGAUGAAAACGAGGAUGAAAACGACAAUGAUCAUCAUAAUGAAGAUAGAAAUGCUGACGAAAAUAAAGAGGACAAUGUAUUGGAGCUUCCUCAGACAAAAAUGACCACGGUAAAGGACAUCGACUCUCUUCCUCCUCUGGUACCACCCAAAUACCAGUAUCACGAACCCGACUUUAAAGUUCUUAUGAGUACCCUCUUCCAUCCUUUCUUCGACCAAAAAUUUCGGUUUCCUUCCAAAAAUAUGCAACACUCAGCUGCCAAAGAAAAUGCAGUUGUGAAAGAUGAUAAACAACUAAAAAUGCCAGGGCGAACAAAACGCUCCAUGCAGCCCCUUUUUUCCAGCCAUCAACACUACUGGACUUGGCACACCCCGUAUCAAACAUUGGAGGUAUACCCGAAAAUUUUUGAUUCCAUUGCUUCGGGAAUUAUCGGAAAACGCUCCCAGAUCGACUAUCCACGAGAAGAUAUUCGUCCAUUGGUUAUGAACUGA